GGUGAUGAGAGAUUUGCUGUUUUACCAACAUUUGGUGUUAUUGCUGGAUUAUCUGCUCUACCAUUAGAUAAACUUCCUGAUGUAUUGGGCGAUUUCAAUCUGAUGAAACUUCUUCACGGAGAACAAUAUCUUGAAAUUAAGAAGCCAAUUCCAAUUUCAGGUAGAUUAACUUCAUUGCCUAGAAUUGUGGAUAUACUUGAUAAAGGAAAAGGAGCGACUGUGAUUAUUGGAGUUGAAACAAAGGAUGAAAAUGGAGAAACC